CAAGCGAAGUUGCCGAUUUAUGUCAAUUUUAUUUGAGUUUUCUUAUUUGAAAAGUAAAUACUCUGGCUAGACAAUAAUAACCAUUUGUUUAUACGUAUUGUGUUUAUAGUCAAAAUGAAUAUUUCCCCACUUACAGUUAAAAAUGCGCAUAAAAUUUUUGUUAAGCCGUUUUUCAAAUCGACAUUGAGAUAUUACGAUUCGACCCGCAAAAACUUAUGGAUUAACGAAAACACUAAGGUUUUAGUUCAAGGAUUUACUGGAAAACAAGGAACUUUUCAUGCUCAAAAAUCAAUCGAAUACGGAUCUAAAGUGAUUGGCGGUAUCAAUCCAAAAAAGGCUGGCCAGAAACACUUAAAUUUACCAGUUUUUAAGGACUGCAAAGAUGCUAAGAAAGCUACAAAUUGCGAUGCGACUGUCAUCUUUGUACCACCACCUGCGGCGGCCGCAGCAAUUCAUGACGCAAUGGACGCGGAAAUAGGCAUGAUCGUUUGCAUCACGGAAGGAAUUCCCCAACAUGAUAUGGUCAAAGUCAAGCACAGACUGUUACGUCAAAACAAAUCCAGAUUAAUAGGACCAAAUUGUCCAGGUUUGAUAGCAUCAGAAAAGUGCAGAAUGGGAAUUCAGCCAACAUUCAUCCACAAAAAGGGCUCUGUCGGUGUAGUUUCACGCUCAGGAACGUUGACAUACGAAGCGGUGGACCAGACCACUAAAGCUGGUUUAGGACAAACUCUUGUGUGUGGAAUUGGCGGUGAUCCUUUUAACGGAACGAACUUCAUCGAUUGUCUCGAUAUUUUCUUGAAUGAUCCUAAUACCAAAGGCAUAAUUAUGAUAGGAGAAAUAGGAGGCGAAGCAGAAGAAAAUGCCGCGGAUUUUUUGAAAAAGAACAAUACUGGAUCGAAGGCCAAACCAGUUGUCAGUUUUAUAGCGGGAAAAUCGGCACCACCGGGACGUCGUAUGGGUCACGCUGGUGCCAUCAUUUCCGGUGGAAAGGGAAAGGCUGCCGACAAGGUACGGGCUUUGGAAGCAGUCGGCGUAACAGUAGUUGAUACUCCGGCAAUGAUGGGAAAAGCUCUGAAAGAAAAAAUGAAAUAGAGGAAUAUGUAUUUUUAUAUUUUUUACGUAAUAUUUGUACACCAAUAGAAAAAUCAUUAAUGUUCUUAAUAAAAUUAAACUAUUUAAA